CAGGUGGUGCCUCAUAUAACAGGAGGAGCUGUCCAAGUGCUGAAAACAGAAGCGAAUCAGCACCGUUCCUGAGGAGAUGCUAUACACCCUCGCUGCUGUCUGAGCUUUAUUACCAAAGGUAAUAAAUUUGCCUAUAAUGCUGCAUUUCUACCACAAGUUGCCCACCGGGGGAGCCGUGGUCCUGCUCGCCUUCCUUCUUCAUGGAUACGCCGUGCAGGCGGCGUCCCUCCCCCGCCACUACAGGCUCCGGGGCGGUGAGAGCGAGGGCCAGCCGGGUGCCUUUUCCCCCAGCUCCGAUAUGAUCAAAGCCCUGGAGUAUAUCGAAAACCUGAAGCAGAGAAACGGGGGCCGACCUGAGCCCGUGGAUUACGAUGAAGUAGAAAAAUUCAAGAUUCUGCUUCAGCUCGCCUCGCAACAGGAUGAAGUUCCCGGGGACCGUCAGUCUAACCCCGGCAUGCAGGGCCCGGACAUAACCGCUGGACAGCUGAUGAAGGCGAUGCUGAAGACUCUCCAGGAUCAAGCCGGGAAAGAUCCUAGGAGCGACCGCCGAGCGCACAGACACCGCACCAAAGACACUGAAGCGCCAGAGAGCGCGCCGGCAGACUAUGGUAAUUUCCCUAGACCUCACAAGAAGUAUCCGCUGAUGUUUGAAGAUGAGGAGAACACAGACGCAGCCAAGCGCGCAACAGAAGACCUAGACGAGCAGUACACCCCUCAGAGCCUGGCCAACCUGAGAUCCAUCUUCGAUGAGCUGGGGAGGAUGGUGGCAGUCCCCGGGCAGAAAAGAGGCGUUUUCGGGGAUGACGAUGAUGAGGGAGAAGACGGGUUUAGCCAGGAUGUAGCUGGAGGAGAGGAGUGGGUCCCCAUGGAAGAGAGAGAGGAGACCGAGGAGAUGGUGAACAGGAGCCACGAAGAGAUGGACAGGGCGCUGAACGAGAAUGAGGAAUCGGAGCAGGAGGAGAUGCAGCGCAGAGCCAACCAAAACCAGGAGGAUGCUGAUGAUGACACUAAACUGGUAGAUUACUACCUGUUGAAGGUCCUGGAGAUGAGCGAUCAGACCCAGAAGAGGGAUCAGACCGGCGAUCAGAGGAAGAGGCUGAUCCGCCCCUCCAUCUUAGAUCCCCGGACAGUGAAGGAGCUGCUGGAGCUUUCCCUCAAGCUCCACGUUCCUCCACAGGAUCUAAUCGACAUGCUGCUCACAGAGGAGCUCAGGAAGCUCCACCGUGACCCGCAGACCUUAAACCGCUACACUGCCGGACAGACCCCCAAGAUCAGGUACUUCAGCCGCAGGCUGCCGCUGAAGAGCAAGCCCGCCCCCGAGGACAUGGACAGAGAGGACUUUCUGGACAUCAUCGGGGUGGAGACCAUCAGCAACGAGUACCCAGUUGUGCAAAGACCAAUGAAGACCCCCUCAUCCUCAGACAGGGUCUCAGCGGCGUCCAGCCCUGCCGCGGUGCCGGUUAAAAUCCCGCCACCCUCCGGACGCAGGGAGAACCUGUUCCUGUCGGAGCUCAACAAGAUGCCGCUGAAGCGCCAGGCCGAUGAUGAUGAUGACGACGGAGACGUAGAAGACGAGGUGACCACCUACCUCGCGGCCAAGAUCCUCACAGAAUACCCGAACACCAUCAGCAAGCGGGACACCCAGGCGCAGCUGCAGGGACAGUUUCCCUACGAGCUGUACGAGCGAGCCAUGAAGGACUACAUGGAGCAAGCGGAGACCGAGGCACGGCCGGUGGCCAAGCGGGAAACGGAGGAGCCAACAGAGGAGGAGGAGGAGGCGGAGGUGCGCGGAAAGGAGGAAGAGGCAACGGCCCAAACCUCCGCUCCGGAAACCAACGAAAGAGAGGAGGAGGAAAAGCGCCGCGAGAAAAAAGCUGCCGGGAUGUAAACCUGCAAGACCAGUUAUUAUGAAUAUUUAGUAUUUCUACUGUCUCAGAAAUAACGUUUGGUGGACGUGAUCUAGUUUACACAUUUUUAUUAUAUGAAUUUUAGCUGUUAUUAAUAAUCACUCUAAUGAAAAUUAUAUAUAUAUAAAUAUAUAGCAACUAGAAGUAAAAUAUAAUUUUAUUAAUGACUGUCCCUACUUGCUGCAAAGACAUCCUAGAGAUAUUCUAUUGACACCAUAAACUUAAAGGUGCAUCCAAUGAGGUCAACAUCUCAUCAGGAAGAUGUGAGCUCUCAGUAAGCCUAAAGAACAACUACAAUCAGAUCAGAUUAAAUAAACCUGUGUGAUGUUAAGUUUGUUUACAUUUAUGGUGUUUGCAAAUGCCCUCUACUUUAACCAACAGGGUAAAGGUAUAAAAAAAAAGGCUUAUUUUCAUCUAUGUAGAACUAUUUAACAUAUGUGAAUAUAUGUGUAAAUUAAUAGGUAUGAAUCUGAAUGGGCCUUGAAAAAGUCAUGGUUUACUCUAGAGUAAUUACGGUCAGGGCUGAGGGCGCGUUUUGUGACUCUAGACAUAUUCAGGGUUAGAUUUCAUGUUAUGGAGUAAUUCUAAGUCUAAAUAUCAGACUGUCGCCUGCCUUCUAACCCUGUCAUACUGCAAAGCUCUGUGUUGUUGGCCUAAUAGUGGUUGUGCUACUUAUGCUCAUUUUUAAACCAUUUUGUACAUGUUCAACAACGUGUGAUCGAUCACAGAUGAAUAAAGCAUC